AUGCCGUUCUGGGAUUUCUCAUUCAACACCGCCCCAGCCAAACGAGCGAGGACCGGCUGGUUUGGAUCGGAGAAUGGUGAUGCUAUCCAAAUGAUGGAUUAUGAGGUAUUAUCAUUAGGCCCCGAUGUGCUUCCAGAGUACAAGCUACAGUCGCCUCGGAUCCACAAGUGGACCAUCCUCCAUUACUCACCCUUCAAAGCCGUCUGGGACUGGGUCAUACUCCUCCUGGUCAUCUACACGGCCAUCAUCACCCCCUACAAUGCUGCCUUCCUCCUCAAGAAAGACUCCCCCACCCCAACCACCCCGCCCAGCGAUGACACCGCCUCCACGUCGACCACGGGUUCAAACAGCGCCAACUACAAGCAGCCGCUCACCAUCAUCGAUCUCAUAGUCGACGUCAUGUUCAUCAUAGACAUCCUGAUCAAUUUUCGGACGACAUACGUCAACAAGAAUGACGAAGUGGUCUCGCAUCCCGGCAAGAUCGCUGUGCACUAUUUUAAGGGCUGGUUUCUUAUUGAUGUGGUCGCAGCGAUUCCAUUUGAUCUCCUUCUCUUUGGUUCUGAAAGUGAUCAGUCAACAACCCUCAUAGGCCUUCUCAAAACUGCCCGUCUCCUCCGCCUGGUGCGAGUCGCCAGGAAGCUUGACCGCUACUCGGAGUAUGGCGCGGCCGUCCUCCUCCUUCUCAUGGCGACCUUUGCCCUCAUCGCCCACUGGCUGGCGUGUAUCUGGUACGCGAUCGGGUCGGCAGAGCGACAGCAACUCGAGCAUCAGAUAGGGUGGCUGGAUCACCUUGCCAACGAGACGCACCAGUAUUACGUAGACAAUGUCACCAGCAGUGGGCCAACUAUCAAAUCCAAGUACAUCACCGCGCUUUACUUCACGUUCAGCAGUCUGACCAGCGUUGGUUUUGGCAACGUCUCGCCGAACACCAAUGCGGAGAAAAUCUUCUCAAUCUGUGUCAUGUUGAUAGGAUCACUCAUGUAUGCCAGUAUCUUUGGUAACGUUUCUGCCAUCAUCCAGCGCCUUUACUCCGGCACCGCCCGCUACCACACCCAGAUGCUGAGGGUCAAAGAGUUCAUCCGGUUCCAUCAGAUUCCGAACCCCCUACGACAGAGGUUAGAGGAAUACUUCCAGCACGCAUGGUCGUAUACCAAUGGAAUUGACAUGAAUAUGGUCUUGAAGAGUUUUCCGGAGUGUCUUCAAGCGGACAUUUGUCUCCAUCUCAAUCGGAACCUACUCAACAACAGUCCGGCCUUCAAGGGGGCGAGUCCUGGCUGCCUCAGAGCCCUCUCCAUGAAGUUCAAGACGACUCACGCACCGCCGGGUGACACCCUCAUCCACCGUGGUGACGUCUUGAGGGCUCUUUACUUUAUUUCCAGAGGCUCCAUUGAAAUUCUAAGAGAAGAUGUGGUACUUGCCAUCUUAGGUAAAGAUGAUGUGUUCGGGGAGAACAUUUGUGAACAUGAGAUUGUCGGCAAGUCGAAAUGCAACGUGCGUGCCCUGACAUAUUGUGACCUCCACAAGAUCCUAAGAGAUGACCUUUUGGAAGUCCUUGAGAUGUACCCAGAGUUUGCCGAACAGUUCACCAAGAAUCUGGAAAUAACCUUUGAACUUAGAGACGAACAAGCUGCAUUAGGAAAGGAGCCAGAACCAGAGAUUAAAUCUUGCAAGAUUCCAGAAACAGUACUCCAUGAUGAAAGAGAAAAGCCAAAUGAUUUCAAAUACCAGCCGAAAAGUGAGAUUGGUGUCAUUAAUAAAGACGCCCAGGCACGGCGGAUGAAGUUCGCCCAGAACCAAUCCGGUAGCUCCGGCCACAACAGCAUCCCGACCCUCGACUCCAGCGACGACGACGAGUGCGGCAGGGGCAUCCUCGAGUUCUCGCCCGACAUGGCGGGGCGCGACGUUACCCCUGCCCCCGAGAUCCUGCAGGGGCACGAGGAGAACCGGAGGAGCGGUGGAGGGGUGGAAGGAGGAGGUGGUGGGGGCAGCCGAGGGGGUAGCUUCAAUACGAUAGCAGGUAUAGAUUCGCAUUCCUGCUUCCCUUCCUUCAAAGACUGGUUGAAUAGGGAGCAACAGGGUAGCGGUCAGGAUGAAAGGAUACAGCUGAUUCCUCUUGAUAUUGCACAAACUUCACCAGCUUCAAUAGAAUCUAGAGGUGCAUUAGCGGGAGUCAACAAUAUAGUGAAUGCUGUUACGGGUACCAGAGGGGCGAGUCCAGACUCAUCCCCGAUCAUGAAGCGAAAAGCACGGCAUUAUUCCAAUAACCAGAACGGGAAGAAUGGCCAAAGAGGUUCUCAACAACCUGAUAUUAUUGUAGAAGAUGUGAGCAGUUUUGUAUCUAAUCCCGAUAUCGAGAGGCGGUUAGAUGACCUUCAGCGUCAGAUGAAUCGCUUGGAGGUGAAGGUGACGGGGGACAUGAACUCUAUUUUGGACAUUCUGCACAGGAUGCAUCAGAUGUACGCAUCGCCCCCGCAGCUGCUGCCGAGUCGCGUCAGGCAGCAACGUCCGGCCCUCCCCCGCAUGCGCUCGGCUCCCUCGCACCCCCAUACCUCGCAUAGUUCCAGUUCCCCAGAAAGGAGCAUCCUUAAAACCCACAGCACGGACUUCCCCGCUCCCCCGCACAGCAAGAGCAGCUCAAGGCAUGCACGAACUUCGGCUCGAAGUGAGCCCUCGUUGACGGGGAGCGGAGGAAUAGGAAGGCUGCCCCAGGAUCGAGACGGACGCGAUGGAGGCGUGUCGUCUCUGGAUAGUCCAGAAUCGGUGGAAGAUGGCCCCGUCAGCAGGCGGAGACCUAAACCUCCCGAAAGCUUGAUCCUAUCAUCGUUGUCAGAUGUCUCUGUAGAUAGUCAUAGUAGUAUACACUCGGAGGAGGCUCCUGUCUCCUCACCCCUCUUCACUCAAUCUGCCCACAUACCAAAGAGCAGCUCCAUGCCGGCAUCCAGCUCCACCAGGAUCUCAUGGAAUGGAGCUGACGGAGACUCCACCAGUCCACCAAUCAGGAAUACAGAUGUAUAGCCAACCUGCAGGUCAUGGUCCCGAUUGACCAAUGAGGCGCCCUGUUACAACACCCAGAAUCAUGGUUGUAGCUGACCCAACAGCAUCCUGAUUGCAGAGUGACUGUAGUUCUUGAUCAACGCUUGCCAAUCAGCACCUUUGAUGUAUAGCCAACCCGUAGGUUAUGUUUGACCAAUGCUGAACUUCAAUGUGGCAUCCAGAAUCCUAGUUAAACUUGGACAUACAGGUGCCAUUCAGGUUCAUGAUCCAAACCACGGUCAUGGUUGUAGCUGACAAGUUAGAAAAGCAGACCUAUUUAUGGGGUAGCAAUUGACCAAGAGAAGCAAUGAUUGUAUUGGCAAAAGCAUUGAGGAAUAUGAAGAUGUGUUCUGUAACACCAUCCAAGAUCUUCAAUUGAAUUGGUGUUUUAACCAUUGUGAUAAGAAUAUCUAUGCUAUAUGAAGCUGCAUUGAAAAGACACAUCUUUUUCUUGGUUUAUACUAUGAAAUUGAUUAUUUCUUGUGAUAUAAAAGUAAAGAGUUGGAUUUUGUGUCAAUAUGGAAUGCUUGGAAAAGUCAAUCAUUGAAGCAGUGAUUAUUCGGAAGGGGAGACAUGUUGCUACUGGGGUAACAAACCUUGUUUGUUAAAAAAAGAGGAAUAUUUGAAUGGGUGAGUGAAAAAAAAAGCUGACAUUAUAUUGUAUCAGAUUGAAGAGAAUUCUGUUUUAGGUGGUUUGAUGGCUACAGUUUUGAAGAGAGAGAGAAAUGGGAUCCAAAUUCAUGAUUAUUAAAACACAGAAGUGACUUCCCAGAAAACUCGGAAUACAUAAAAGGUUUUAUCACAGUUCAAGCUUCAUUUUAGGGUCAGUGCUGUAAAGGUUGACUCAUCACCAACACCAAAUGGUCCACACUGAACUUGGAAUCUCCCAUGGUAUUUGCCCUGCAUCAUGGCUGUGUCACCCAGUUACAUGCUAGAAUACUCCCCAGGGAGUGGAGGCUGUGUAUACACUGUACUUGGGUAGGUCUGAUUGGGUGUUGAUGACUUAGGUGAUGAUAAUCGGUUAGUGCUUAGACAGUAUGAUUAUUAUUGUUAAAGAUAUAGAGCUAAACACGUGUUAUGCGAGAGCAAAAGAGUAGAAAAAAAGGGACAAAGAAAUCAGAAAUCUUCGCUUGAUGGCUAUUGUUAAAAAGGAAAUGUUUGGCCAGUAUUAAAGUUUGAUAUAUUACAGGUUCCAAGCUGGUAAUUUACUGGAAGGUGUAUAUUCUUAAAGGAAAUGGAUAAUUAGGAAUGGUGAAGAAUGUAAAGAAAGUGAAUAAUGUACAAAUUGCUGACUAGUUGAAUGGUCUUGUAUUCUAUAGAUGAAAGAGAAAAAUAAAUACAUUUUCCAAAGAGCAGUACAUUUAAAAUUAUUACCUAGUGGACAUUAUGAUGGGUCCCAGUUCUCUGUGUGAUUAUGAAAAGAUACAAUUUUCUCAUAAUUGGGAGAGUACAUAAUAUUUUAAUGAAUUUCAAUGAAUUAUUUUCAGAAAAUUAGCAUUUUUUAUUCUAAAAAGAGAAAGAAAAUAUGAGAACGCAUUGCAAGACAAAAAUGAAAUUAAAUCUACCAUAGACCUGCAGAAAAUUUUAUCGAACCAAUGUCGGCCGGAAUUUAUGUACUACAGAAUGCACUCAUAUCGAUCACUUCACUCUCUCUUUUUUAAAUUUAACAUAUUUUAUUUCUAAUUAUCGCUUGGUCAUGAAAAUUUGUGUAUGUCACCAAUGAACAUAAAAGUUAAGCGUACUGGAGAACGUGGAAUUUGCAAUCUGGAAAAUUAAAAAAAUUGGGGACCCUAACAGUGUUGAAUAUAUCCUGUGGAUAUAUAAGAAGGAAAGGAAAGCUUUACAUGUGCAUAGCUGCCAAUUUAAGAGCCACAUUGCUUAAAGGAUAAAUCUCAUGUGCUAGUUACAUAUAAUUUUUACAUUUUAAUUUCAGUUCCAUAUUUUCUGUGAUUUAAACCAUAUUGGUAUAAAACUAAAUUUGACAUUCAUGAUACUUUGAUCUCUCACCCAAAUAAUUAUUAAACCUAAAUAAGUUUUGUCUCUGUAUGUUUUGAACCAUUAUGAUCAAUUUGUCUUUCUUAUGAAAAAGUAGGUUUUCAUUCUAUUUUAGUCGUAGGUAUUUUACGAUGAUUUAUUUUCAUAGCAUAUUGAUCCUUAAAUCGGAAGAUUUACAAUAUGAUGCGCCAUUCAUUGAUUGCAGUGGACAGGCCAAAAUUCACAAUGCCUCAUAGGAAAAAGUCGACAUCUGUUGUGCGCACUAGUACUAUAGUGCAUGCAUGCAUGCGAUUAUUCAGCGCUGGCCGACGCGGCUUGACCGGAUAUGCUGUAUACUAGUCCAGGAUGUGUAAUGGAAAUGUACAUGCAUAUUUCUAACCAUUUUUGGUGGAUCCUUGCCAUAUGGUUUUCAUUUUUGAAGCAUCAAAGUCACAUUAUAGUACACUGGAACCGUGCGCUGCCUGCGCCUGAUGUCCCCGAAGUUAGAAAUUUGGCCUGUUCACCAUAACUGAUAGAUAGCGCACCAUAUCGUCAAUCCACCGAAUUCUAGAAUAAUGAAUCCUUUAUGGUUGUGCCAUAUGUAUUCCCAUUCAGAUGUUUUGAUUAUUCAGAGAAAUUAGGUGUUUUACAUUCCUUCCACGUUUUAUAUGUUACAUGUUUUAUGUUUUUAUGUUUUUCAAAGAUAAUCCCAAUUCGUAUUAACUAUAUGUCAAAUAUUGACAUUAUUGAAAAUGAUGUCUUUCCCCAUUUAUGCAGGAUAUAUUUCAGUUUGUUCAUGAGAUCACAAAUCUUUCUUACUUUUCAUCUUUAGAGAAAAUGGCUGGUUUAAUUUCAACUUGAGUUUUACUUAAACUGUGUGGUAUUUAUUUUAUAAUUUUGAGUAUCAUUAUGAGCUGUGAGCCAAGUUUUUUUUUAGCAUACCGGGCACUAAAAAAAAGAGAAAACAAUAAAUGUAUAGUCUGGGAAUGAUAACUGUGAUAUUUUCCUGCACUAUUUCAAGCGUUAAGACAAAAACCUAAUCAACCGAGAGUAAAGAACGCACUGAAAGCUAUAAAACAUUAAAGGUCAAUAAGACAUAGUUGGCUUCCCAUAAGUGUAGCUUACAUUGAACCAGAGUUCAGAAUAUAAACUUGUAAGUCAGUGAAUACUGUCUUGUAAUUUAUCAUUGAUGGUUUAGUACAUAAUAAUUAUCAAAUAUUUUUCAUCAGUAAUUAAUUAUAAAUCAUAAACCAAGUAUGUCUGAUUUAAUGAUGCCUGAAACAGCGCUCAAUUGUUCUAGUUUUGCCUUUGAAAAAUCAAUUCAUGUUUAAAGAAGCCAGCUGUGUGCAAUCUGCUUUGGAGAUAUAUUCUGAUUUGAAUAUUCAGCAUAUUAUUGAGAUAACAUAUAUAUCAAAUGACUUGAAUAAUUGUCAUAUAUAUCUGUAUUGCGCUACAUUUUAACAUGCCAUUCAACUUAAAGUUAUGAAUAAACUAUGUAUUUUUAUUCACAAGUACAUGUACAUAAAUACUAUUUGAAGAAUGAAAUCGCUGUGUGUAUUUUAUUGGAUUCAUGCCACUCAUACCAUUAAUUGUCUGAACUGUUCAGAGCACAUAUACCUUGCGAAAGGUUGUGCUGGCAUAUACAUUGUGAUGUAGCAUUACGUGUGAUUAUUCUCAAUGGAAAAAAAUAUUUUACACAGCAUAUAUGUAUAUUGCAAUGCAAAUUUGCUGAUCACUGAUCUCCUGAAGUGUCCAACCAUGUAAUCGUGACUCAAAAUUCAUUGAAUCUUUUCAAGAAUUUUCACAGAUACGUACUGUAACAACAAGAAUACAUAUCUAACAUUUUGCAUAUUUAACCAACUGAAAUUUGUCUUUAAGUUUAACUAUGUUUGAAAAUGAAAAAAAAACCUCCAUAAAAUAUAACUUUUGAAUAUUAAUAUACCAUUUACUUGAAGUAUAAUAUUAGUGCAGUCUUACUGUUUUCAUUUUUUAUUGUGGGGGGAUAUAUAACCCUUAAUUUGUAUUUCUAAGUAAUAUAUUGAAACUUCUGUCCUGUAAAUGAAUGUAAAAAUUAGUGGCAGAAUUUAUCCCGUUUCAGAUUCAGAAAGAGGAAAUAGUGCAUGAAUAACAUCGCAAUGCAAAGCUCAGAAAUAUGUUUGCGUACUACAGUGUAAGUCAAUGUGGUAUGAGGCGUCAAUAUUUUUACAGAGGCAAACUACUAUAAUUAUGACAAAAAACACAUUGCACAAUGUUGUUUAAGCCCAUCACACUAACAGAAAGUUGUUUAAAGUUUUUAUCAAUUGUCAAACUUUUUCAAAUUGUUUAAACUUUUUAAAAGUAUUUGUUCAAAACUUUAAAAAAUUGUUUAAAACUUUAAAGUUCAAAGAUUCAAAUUAAUGUUUAGAGCUUUGAGCAUGAGUUGUUAGAGUGAUGGUCUUAAACAACAUUCUUAAAAUCUAAACAGUAUCUAUUCAGAGUUGCAUGGACAAACUCAUGAUAUCAUUCAACAUGACUCAUGAUAUCAUAAUCAAAUCUUAACAGGACCUUUGUCCAUACAACUGUUGACCUUUUUUACAGCUUGAAGCAUAUGCACAAUUAUUGGAAUAAGUGGUUCAAAUCGCUUGAAUUCUGUACAAAGCUUUGGUCGUCAUUGUUACUCAAACACAUCUAAGUGUGAUGUAUCGAUGCCAUGCUUCAGUAUGUAAUAUCCUGCUGAUGUUAUGUUAUUGAAGAUAUAUUUAUUCAAUUAUCAUUGUGAUAAGUCGAGCAUUAUGCGUUUUGUAUUUUACAUGUA